CAUGCGCACCAUGACCACAGUUCCUGUGAGUACCCAGCGUUUGUCUGGGAAAGUGGCAUGCUAAGUGAUUUUUUUUGGUCCUAUCUCUACGUGUGGCACUCGACAAUACUGCUAAUCUUGUUUAUGGUUAUGAUUAGAAAGCCUUGCUGUAACAGGCGUGUAUAGAUGACCGUUUGAUCUUUCGUUACUAACACAAAGAAGCUAUCGCCUGGUGUGUUGGUAGACAGCUAAAGCCUGCCUGCCUGACCCAGUUCAUGUUAGCCAUAUUGCUAACAUUAGCCACAGGUUUGUUUACGUGAAGCUUACGACUUGUAGGCGAAUAACAAUCGUUAAUUUGGUCGCAUAAAUGACUGGUCUUCAGUAACAUUCACACAUUUGAGUCGGUUGUUGAAAAAGCUAGCUUGUUUUACCGACGUUUUGGUAUCAGAACCUCUGUCUACGAUGUGAUAACAUGAAUGGAAAAAUGACACUUUGAGAAGCAUUGACACCUAUCGUUCUUGAUAGCUAACUCUUAGCUCGUAUGAUGUCAGUGUAAGAUGUUGACAAGUCUCUAAAUCAGAAGACCGAAGACUUCAGUAAGCAUGGACAAGCCUCCCUUCUGUCAGAACAAAAACCAGGUGUGUGGUGCCUGGGUGAUGAAGGAGAGACUGGGCACGGGCGGAUUUGGUCACGUUUAUCUGUACCAGCACACGGAGAACAGCGAUAAGAUUGCGGUGAAGCUGUGUCGUCUGGAGCUGAACGCCAAGAACAAGGACAGAUGGAGUCGCGAGAUUCAGAUCAUGAAAAAGUUGAACCACCUGAAUGUGGUGACUGCUAAGGAGGUUCCAGAGGAGAUGCAGCACAUAGCGCUUAAUGAUCUGCCACUGCUAGCCAUGGAGUACUGCUCCAAAGGGGACCUCCGCAAGUUGCUGAGUAAGCCGGAGAACUGCUGUGGUCUGAAGGAGAGCGAGGUGCUGUCUCUACUCAACGAUGUGGGCUCUGGUAUUCAGUAUCUGCAUGAGAAUAAGAUCAUCCACAGAGACCUGAAGCCAGAGAACAUCGUACUGCAGGACAUUAAUGGAAAGUUGGUGCAUAAGAUCAUAGAUCUGGGCUACGCUAAGGACCUGGACCAGGGCAGCCUCUGCACUUCCUUCGUGGGCACCCUGCAGUACCUGGCCCCAGAGUUGUUUGAGAACAAGCCCUACACGGUGACUGUAGACUACUGGAGCUUUGGCACUAUGAUCUUCGAAUGCAGCUGUGGAUUCAGACCCUUCCUACACAACCUGCAACCAGUGCAGUGGACGAAUAAGGUGCGUAACAAGGGGCCUAAGGACAUCAUGGCAGUGGAGGACAUGAACGGAGAAGUGAGAUUCUCAACACACCUGCCCUAUCCCAACAACCUUAGCAGAACUUUGUUGGAGCCACUGGAGAGUCUCCUGCAGCUGAUGUUGCGCUGGGACCCCGCACAGAGAGGGGGCUCCCAAAACCCUGACACGCGACAGCCACACUGCUUUACUCUACUCGACGAGCUGCUCAAUAUGAAGGUGGUGCACGUGCUGAACAUGACCACCACCCAGGUGCACUCGUUCCUGCUGUCACCAGAGGAGGCGCUGCACUCGCUGCAGCAGAGGAUCGAGGCGGAGACCGGCAUACGCCAGAUACACCAGGAGCUCCUGCAGGAGACCGGGGUCUCGCUGGACCCGCGCAAGCCGGCCGCACAGUGUGUCCUGGAGGGAGUGAGGGGCUGGGACAGCUACAUCGUCUACCUGUUUGACAGGAGUCAGGUCAAAUACUCCGGCCCCUUCACGGCCAGACCUCUGCCUGACAGUGUCAACUUCAUUGUGCGGGAGACGAAGACCCAGCUGGCCCUGAGUUCUCUGAAGAAGGUGUGGGGAGAAGCGGUCAGCUACAUCUGUGGCCUCCGCGAGGACUACAGCCGACUCUUCCAGGGGCAGAGAGCAGCCAUGUUGAGUCUGUUGCGGUUCAACACCAACCUGACGCGCUAUAAGACCAUCAUGUUCUCCAACGCCCAGCAGCUGAAGGCCAAGCUGGACUUCUUCAGGACCAGCAUCCAGUACGACCUGGAGAAGUACCGCGACCAGAUGCAGUAUGGGAUAUCCUCUGAGAAGAUGUUGAAGGCCUGGCAGGAUAACGAGGAGAAGGCUGCUGCGUUUGCACAGGUGGCUGAGGUGGGCCAUCUAGACGAGGAGAUCAUGGCUCUGCACUCGGAGAUCGUGGAGCUUCAGAGGAGUCCUUACGCACGACGCCAGGGAGACAUCAUGGAACAGCUGGCUGACAAGGCAAUUGAACUCUACAAACAGCUGAAGGCCAAGUGUAAAAUGCCUGACCCUCAGCACGGCUACAGUGACAGCUCAGAGAUGGUGAAGGUGAUCGUGCAGACAGUCCAAAACCAAGACAAGGUCCUCAGAGACCUCUACUCACACCUCAGUAAGAUCCUCCUCAGUAAGCAGAAGAUCAUAGACCUGUUCCCCAAGAUCGAGCGCGUGCUGGAGGCCAUAAAGGAGGCUGACGGCACGGUGGUCCAGAUGCAGAUCAAGAGGCAGAGGGAGUUCUGGCACCUGCUCAAGAUCGCAUGCGCCCAGAAUACCAGUCGCAGCUCUAUGAGUGGAGGAGGGGACGUUAUUGGCUCGCUGGACUGGAGUUCCACCUCUCAGCCACACACCCACGCAUCACAGGCCUCGCCCAUAUCACCUGGGCCCGCCUCCAGCCCCCUGCGCUCCUUACCAGGCCCUGAUCACAUUGAUGGCGUGCCUAACCUGUUAGCUGAGAACCAGAGGUAUUUGAGCCAGCUGACCAGCCUACUGCAGGACACCACCAACGACAACAAGACAGACAGCAUCAUGGAUCAGGAUUGGAGUUGGACAAGAUACGAGUCCAUCAUCUCUAAGCCCCAACACAUCUAGAGACGCAGCACACGGCACCACUGGUGGAGGGAAUGAGUAGGGGGUGAAGAUCCACAAGCCUUUCGUCUCAAUGCGUGUGUAUGUGUGUUUGUGUGUGUGUACGUAUGUGUGUGUGAGAGAGCGAGAGAGAUAGAGAGAGAUGGGGAGAGUGAGUUAAGGGGGCGUUAGGACACACAAGUCUUGAUAUCCAAGUACCUUUAGAAUUACACACAGCCGUCGUGUGUGUGUGUGUGUGUGUGUGUGUGUGUGUGUGUGUGUGUGAGUGUGUGAGUGAGUGAGUGAGUGAGUGAGUGAGUGAGUGAGUGAGUGAGUGAGUGAGUGAGUGAGUGAGUGAGUGUGUGAGUGUGUGAGUGAGUGAGUGAGUGAGUGAAAGUAUGAGUGUGAAAGAGAGAGGUCAAAAGACACCCCCUUCCUCCAUCUUUCACAUGUAACAAGAUCUGUGACAUUUUGAGUGGACCUGUGAGCCUUUGGACCUGUGGACCUUCGAAAAGGAGCACUUGCCACUUCAACAGAUACACACUCACACACACAUUCGCACACACACUCUUAUAUACUUCCAUAGAUACAAGCAUAUUUAUUCUCUUGUAUGUCCUUUUGAGGGGAGGAGGAUACUGUCGAGGUGUAUUCGGUGAAAUGUAAGUAGGGGAGAACUGAAUUGUGGGUAAUAUUCACAGGCUUGGAACGACCUGUGAGCAUACUGUAGACAUAUAGACGACACAGCACAUGGGGUGACGGAUGAUGUGUUAAAGGGGUAUGCCACUAUUUUGGGGCUUAAUACAGUUAAAGUGUUGGCU